AUGUGUCUUCAGGAGUCCUUCAUAGAUCUUUCUUCCAUGAAUGCGGAAGGGCAGACCAGCAUCCUUAGUCGUUACGGCAUCCUGUGGCAGACUCCCAAAGGUUCCUGUUUGGAGUCAGUGAAGAUUGCCAUUGAUGCUGGUUACCGCCAUAUUGACGGUGCCUUUGUCUACUACAAUGAGCAUGAAGUGGGACAAGCCAUCCGGGAGAAGAUUGCUGAAGGAAGGAUCAAGCGAGAAGACAUUUUUUACUGUGGCAAG